GCGGUGCCAGAGGGGGCUCACAGAGCUGAGGACGCGCGCAGCACCGCUCAAGGUCCCUCACUCUCUCCCCGUACCCUUGCGGGCUAGCAUCUGACGCAGGUGCCAAGGGAGCUCGGGCACCUUUCUGUGUCCCUUCCCUCGAUCAAUCCUGCUCCGAAAUCCAGUCAGCCAGCUGACACUGCGGCCACCGCCCGAGGGGACCUGCGGAGAAGAAGCCGGCGGGAGGAGGGGUGCGCAGGCGCCCCCACCCCUCCGCGCAGAGCAUCCUCGCUGCAGCGCAGCAAGACCCGGGGCUCGCAGCCCCUAGGAAUCCCUAGCUGCCUCGCCAGGGAUACCGGACUGAAGUUCUUGGAGAAGAGAGUCUAACUCUUCAAGGUGAACUAUGACCACUUUACUUUUGGUCUUUGUGACUCUGAGAGUCAUCGCUGCAGUGAUCUCAGAAGAAGUUCCAGACCAUGACAACUCACUGAGCGUGAGCAUCCCUCAGCCAUCUCCACUGAAGGUCCUCUUAGGGACUUCCCUCACCAUCCCCUGCUACUUCAUCGACCCCAUGCAUCCUGUGACCACUGCCCCCUCCACCGCCCCCCUUGCCCCAAGAAUCAAGUGGAGCCGUGUUUCCAAGGAGAAAGAGGUGGUCCUGUUGGUGGCCACUGAAGGACAGGUUCGAGUCAACAGCCUCUACCAAGACAAGGUGUCACUACCCAACUACCCAGCCAUCCCCAGUGAUGCCACCUUGGAAAUCCAGAAUCUUCGCUCCAAUGACUCUGGGAUAUAUCGCUGUGAAGUGAUGCAUGGCAUUGAGGACAGCGAGGCUACCCUGGAAGUCAUAGUAAAAGGUAUCGUGUUCCACUACAGAGCCAUCUCCACACGCUAUACACUGGACUUUGACCGAGCCCAGCGGGCUUGCCUGCAGAAUAGCGCCAUCAUCGCCACACCUGAGCAACUGCAGGCUGCCUAUGAGGAUGGCUUCCACCAGUGUGAUGCAGGCUGGCUGGCUGACCAGACAGUCAGGUACCCCAUCCAUACGCCCCGGGAAGGUUGCUAUGGAGACAAGGAUGAGUUUCCUGGAGUGAGAACCUAUGGAAUCCGAGACACCAAUGAGACCUAUGAUGUGUACUGCUUUGCUGAAGAGAUGGAAGGUGAGGUCUUUUAUGCCACAUCCCCGGAGAAGUUCACCUUCCAGGAGGCAGCCAACGAGUGCCGGAGGCUGGGGGCACGGCUGGCCACCACCGGCCAGCUCUACCUGGCUUGGCAGGGCGGGAUGGACAUGUGCAGCGCUGGUUGGCUGGCGGACCGCAGCGUGCGCUACCCCAUCUCCAAGGCUCGGCCCAACUGCGGGGGCAACCUCCUGGGUGUAAGGACUGUCUAUCUGCACGCCAACCAGACCGGCUAUCCUGAUCCCUCAUCCCGCUAUGACGCCAUCUGUUACACAGGUGAAGACUUUGUAGACAUCCCAGAAAACUUCUUCGGAGUGGGCGGUGAAGAUGACAUCACCAUCCAGACAGUGACCUGGCCAGACCUGGAACUGCCCCUGCCCCGAAAUGUAACGGAGGGAGAGGCCCGGGGCAACGUGAUCCUCACAGCAAAGCCCAUCUUUGGUCUGUCCCCGACUAUCUCAGAGCCCGAGGAGGCCCUCACACUUGUCCCUCAUGUGGGGACUACAGCCUUCCCUGAGGCUGAGAAGAGAACUGGAGAAGCCACCAGGCCCUGGGGCUUUCCUGGGGACACCACACCUGGGCCAGACUCUGCCACAGCCUUCACCAGUGAGGACCUGGUGGUGCAAGUGACCAUCGCCCCAGGUGCAGCGGAAGUCCCUGGCCAGCCCCACUUGCCAGGGGGAGUUGUGUUCCACUAUCGCCCAGGCUCCACCAGAUACUCUCUGACAUUUGAGGAGGCACAGCAGGCCUGCGUGCACACUGGGGCAGUCAUUGCCUCACCUGAGCAGCUCCAGGCUGCCUAUGAGGCAGGCUAUGAGCAGUGUGAUGCUGGCUGGCUGCAGGACCAGACCGUCAGGUACCCCAUUGUGAGCCCACGGAUGCCAUGUGUGGGUGACAAGAACAGCAGCCCCGGAGUCAGGACCUACGGCGUGCGCCCAUCGUCAGAAACCUAUGAUGUCUACUGCUACGUGGGCAAGCUUGAGGGGGAAGUGUUCUUCGCCACACGCCUGGAGCAGUUCACCUUCCAGGAAGCUCAGGCCUUCUGUGAACUUCAAAACGCCACCCUGGCCUCCACUGGCCAGCUCUACGCUGCCUGGAGCCACGGCCUGGACAAAUGUUAUGCUGGCUGGCUGGCAGACGGCAGCCUCCGAUAUCCCAUUGUCAACCCUCGGCCUGCCUGUGGUGGGGACAAACCAGGCGUAAGAACUGUCUACCUCUACCCCAACCAGACCGGCCUCCCAGACCCACUGUCCCGGCAUCAUGCCUUCUGCUUCCGAGGUAUGUCAGUGGUACCCUCUCCAGGAAAAGAAGAAGGUGGCACACCGACAUCACCCUCUGACAUAGAGGACUGGAUCAUCACUCAGGUGGGACCUGGUGUGCAUGCUGUACCCCUGGAGCCUGAGACAACAGCAGUACCAGAUUUCACCACUGAACCAGAGAGCCAGACUGAAUGGGAGCUGUCCCACACCCCAGUGAGCACAUCUCCACUGCCAGGGGUCCCCACCACAUGGCUUACCACCAUCCCAGCAGCAGAGGAGCACACUGAAAGCCCCUCUGCCCCUGAAGAGCCCUCUGCCUCGGAACUGCCUUCCACCUCCGAGGGGCUAUAUACACCUUCACCUGCAGUGCCAAGCGGGACAGAGCUGCCAGGCUCCGGGGAGACAUCAGGGGCACCCGACCUCAGUGGGGACUUCACUGGCAGUGGAGAACCUUCAGGGCGCCUCGACUCCAGUGGGCAGCCAUCAGGGGGCAGUGAAAGUGGACUUCCCUCGGGUGACCUUGACUCCAGUGGCCUCAGCCCCACAGUGAGCUCAGGCCUGCCUGUAGAAAGUGGACUGGCCUCCGGGGAUGGAGAAGGAGUCCAGUGGUCCCACACUCCCACGGUGGGCAGGCUGCCCCCUGGAGGCGGAGGCCUAGAAGGCUCUGCCUCUGCCACAGGAGACCUGAGCGGGCUGCCUUCUGGCAGGGAAGUUACAGAAACUUCUGCUUCUGGGGCAGAAGAUAUCAGCGGGCUUUUUUCCGGAAGAGACGGUCUAGAAAGUUCUACCUCUGGAGUAGACGAUAUCCGUGGGAUGCCUACUGAAGGAGAAGGUCUAGCAACCUCUGCCUCUGGAGACCUCAGUGGACUUCCUUCUGGAGAAGGUCCAGAAACUUCUACCUCUGGAAUAGAGGGCAUCAGUGUACUCCCUACCGGAGGAGAGAGCCCAGAAACAUCUGCUUCAGGUGCAGAGGAUAUCACCCAGCUUCCUACUGAAAGAGGAGAUCUAGAGACUUCUGCCUCUGGAAUAGGGGACAUCAGUGUGCUUCCUACUGGAAGUGAAAGUCUAGAAACUUCUGCCUCCGGAGUGGAGGAUGUCAGUGGCCUUCCUUCUGGGAGAGAAGGUAUAGAGACUUCCGCCUCUGGGAUAGAGGCCAUCAGUGUGCUCCCUACUGAAGCAGAAGGUCUAGAAACUUCUGCCUCUGGGGGGUAUGUCAGUGGCCUUCCCUCUGGAGGAGAAGGUCUAGAAACCUCUGCUUCUGGAGCAGAACUUGGGGUUCCUACCAGAGACGGUCUGGAUACGUCUACUUCAGCAGUAGAUGUUACCAGAUUUCCUUCUGGAAGUGGGGAUCUGGAGACCUCUGUUUCCGGGGUAGGUGAUGACCUUAGCGGGUUCCCUUCUGGAAAAGACGGCCUUGAGGCCUCAGCUUCUGGAGCUGAGGACUUUGGUGGGUUGCCUUCUGGAAAAGAAGACGUGGUAGGGUCUGCCUCUGGAGCCCUGGACUUUGGCAAGCUACCUUCUGGAACUCUAGGAAGCGACCAAACUCCAGAAGCAAGUGGCCUUCCCUCUGGAUUUAGCGGCGAGUAUUCUGGAGUGGACGCUGGAAGUGGCACAGUCUCUGGCCUGCCUGACUUUAGCGGGCUUCCAUCUGGGUUCCCAACUGUCUCCCUAGUGGACAGUACUUUGGUGGAAGUGGUCACAGCCACCACUGCCACUGAACUGGAAGGAAGGGGAACCAUCGGUGUCAGUGGGGCAGGAGAAGUAUCGGGGCUGCCCCUCAGCGAGUUGGACAGUAGUGGGGAUGUUAGUGGUCUCCCUUCAGGAACUGAACUCAGUGGCCAAGUAUCCGGAUCUCCUGACAUCAGCGGGGAAACAUCUGGGUUGUUUGAUGUUAGUGGCCAGCCAUUCGGGUCUCCUGACAGCAGCGGGGCAACAUCUGGGAGUCCCGAAGUCAGUGGCCAGCCAUCAGGGAUUCCUGACAUCAGCGGGACAGCUGAAGUGACUGAGCUUAGCGGGCUGUCCUCUGGACAACCAGAUGUCAGUGGAGAAGGGUCUGGAGUGCUCUUUGGCAGUGGCCAGCCCUCUGGCAUACCUUCUGUGAGUGAAGAAACCUCUGGCAUUCUUGAUCUUAGUGGGCAACCCUCAGGUGUACCAGUGUUUAGUGGAACAGCACCCAGAACCCCCGACCUGGCUUCUGGCACCAUGAGCGGCAGUGGAGACUCUUCUGGCAUUACAUUUGUGGACACCAGUUUUAUUGAAGUGACCCCUACCACAUUUAAAGAAGAAGAAGAAGGCUUAGGAUCUGUGGAACUCAGUGGCCUCCCUUCUGGGGAGAUGGAUCAGUCUGGCACAUCUGGGACAGUGGAUGUUAGUGGACAAUUUUCUGGAGCAAUCGAUUCCAGUGGAGUCACGUCCCCUACUCCAGAAUUCAGUGGCCUCCCAAGUGGAGUAGCUGAGGUCAGCGGAGAAUUGUCUGGAGUUGAGACUGGGAGCAGCUUUCCCUCAGGAGCAUUUGAUGGCAGCGGACUUGUCUCAGGUUUCCCUACUGUGUCUCUUGUAGACAGAACUUUGGUGGAAUCUAUAACCGAGGCUCCAACUACUCAAGAGGCUGGAGAGGGGCCUUCGGGCAUCUUGGAAUUCAGUGGUGCCCAUUCUGGAACACCAGACACAUCCGGGGACUUUUCUGGGUCUUUGGACCUAAGCACACAGCAGUCUGGGCUGAUGGAACCCAGCCCAGAGCCACCAAGCUCUCCAUAUUUUAGUGGGGACUUCUCUAGCUCCACUGAUCUAAGUGGAGAAUCCAUAGCUGCCCCAUCUGGCAGUGGGGAAACCUCGGGGCUUCCGGAAGUCACUUUAAUCACUUCAGAGUUAAUGGAGGGUGUGACUGAACCAACCGUUUCCCAGGAACUUGGCCAAGGGCCUUCUAUGACUUAUACUCCAAGGCUCUUUGAGGCCAGUGGGGAAUCCUCAGCAUCUGGGGACCUUAGCGGAGCCCUGACAAACUUCUCUGAGUCUGGUGUAGAAGCAUCAGUCCCAGAAGCCAGCAGUGAGUCCUCUGCUUACCCUGAGGCUGGAGUGGAAGUGUCCGCUGCCCCUGAGGCCAGCAGUAAAUUGUCUGGAUCCCCAGAUCUUCAUGAAAUCACCCCUGCCUUCCAUGAAGCAGAUCUAGAGAUGACAACUUCAGGCAUGGAGGUGAGCAGCACCCCAUGGACCUUUCAGGAAGGCACCACGGAGGGAUCUGCUGCUCCAGAAGUGAGUGGAGAGUCUAUCACUACCUCCAAUGUAGACAUGGACACUUCAGGUGUGCCCUCUGCCACUCCCAUAGCUUCUGGAGACAGGACUGAAAUCAGUGGAGAGUGGUCCGAUCCCACCUCAGAGUCGAAUGUUGUCAUCAGCGCCACCAUCCCAGAGUCCUCUGAGUGGGCCCAACCUACCCAGCACCCUGCAGAGACACAUCAAGAAAUGGAAUCCCCAAACCCCUCAUACUCAGGAGAAGAGACCCAAACAGCAGAAACAACCCUAUCCCUGACAGACGCCCCUAUCCCAUCUUCUUCAGAAGGGUCAGGGGAAACAGAGUCAACCGCUGCAGACCAGGAACAAUGUGAGGAGGGGUGGACCAAGUUCCAGGGCCACUGUUACCGCCACUUCCCUGACCGUGAGACCUGGGUAGAUGCUGAGAGAAGGUGUCGGGAGCAGCAGUCACAUCUGAGCAGCAUUGUCACUCCCGAGGAACAGGAGUUCGUCAACAGAAAUGCUCAAGACUACCAGUGGAUUGGGCUGAAUGACAGGACUAUCGAAGGGGACUUCCGUUGGUCUGAUGGACACUCCCUGCAAUUUGAGAAGUGGCGUCCAAACCAGCCUGACAACUUCUUUGCCUCCGGAGAGGACUGUGUGGUGAUGAUCUGGCAUGAGAAGGGCGAGUGGAACGAUGUCCCCUGCAAUUACCAGCUGCCCUUCACGUGUAAAAAGGGCACCGUGGCCUGUGGAGAGCCCCCAGUGGUGGAACACGCCAGGACCCUCGGACAGAAGAAGGAUCGAUAUGAGAUCAGCUCCCUGGUGAGGUACCAGUGUACUGAGGGUUUUGUCCAGCGCCACGUGCCCACCAUCCGGUGCCAGCCCAGUGGGCACUGGGAAGAGCCUCGAAUCACCUGUACAGACGCCACCACCUACAAGCGCAGGCUACAGAAGCGGAGCUUGAGACCUACACGGAGGAGCCGCCCUAGCAUGGCCCACUGA